CUUCACGCGCAGUGAGAGCAACGAGGAGGAGGAGGAGCGAAACAGAAAAUGGCGGACGGUGUUGACCACAUCGAUAUUUACGCGGAUGUAGAAGAGGAAUUUAACCAGGAGUCGGAUUAUCCUGUUCAUGACCAGAUUGACCUGUAUGAUGAUGUCAUCUCUCCAUCUGCCAACAACGGGGACGCACCUGAGGAUCGAGAUUACCUGGAUUCCCUUCCGGCACCUGGAGGCAACGAGGGCUCCAAAGGGGCUCCAGCUAAUGUCGUCUACACCUACAAUGGCAAACGGAUCGCUCUGUACAUCGGAAACCUCACAUGGUGGACCACUGAUGAAGAUUUAACAGAUGCUAUUCGUUCAAUUGGCAUUAAUGAUGUGCUAGAGAUUAAGUUUUUUGAGAACAGAGCAAAUGGCCAGUCUAAAGGGUUUGCUCUGGUCUGCGUGGGAUCAGAUUCCUCUUCCAGGAAGCUUAUGGAUCUGUUGUCUAAACGGGAGCUGCACGGACAAAACCCGAUCGUCACCCCUUGCAACAAACAGUCUCUCAGCCAGUUCGAGAUGCAGUCACGAAAAAGUGAGCGCAGAGGAUUCGACAAUUCACAUUAUCAUAAAGGCACACAGUCAGGACAGAUGUCAGGAGAGGGGAAGGCUGGUCCUCCAGGCUCAGGAUCUCGAGGUGGAGGAUUCCCUCCUGGCAAAGGUCAGAGACGCUUUCCUGGGCCACCUGGACAAGGAGACCGCUUCCCUGGGCCGGUUGGACCUGGUGGACCACCACCACACUUUCCAGGUAUGCAGGGCCUACCACGUCUUCCCUCUGGCCCACCUGGGCCCCUGGGACCCCCAGGCCCCCCUCCACCUGGACAAGGUCUGCCGCCUCCUCUCAGCGGACCCCCUAACAGAGGAGACCGUCCUCCUCCACCUGUCAUGUUUCCUGGUCAGUUCGGGCAACCUCCAAUGGGCCCAAUGCCUCCUGGGCCUCCUCCACCGGGAUAUGGGCCUCCCCCAGGCCCCCCUCCACCUCAGCAGGGACCACCCCCUCCAGGACCCUUCCCUCCCCGUCCACCUGGUCCCUUAGGACCCCCGCUUGGCCUCGCACCUCCACCGCACAUGCAGGGACCCCCACCUGGAGGUCCACCACCAGCUCCUCAUGUCAACCCGGCCUUCUUCCCACCGCCUGGAAACAACAUGCCAUCAUCUGACGGCAGAGGACCCCCACCUGGAGACCCCUACGGCCGCCCGCCUCCUUACGACAGAGACUUUCCUGGUGGCAGGGACAUGGAUGCGUCUCGCACUCCUCUGAGCGAAGCUGAGUUUGAGGAGAUCAUGAACCGGAACAGAGCGAUUUCCAGCAGCGCUAUUUCAAGAGCCGUUUCAGAUGCCAGUGCAGCUGAUUACGGCAGUGCUAUAGAGACUCUGGUGACUGCUAUCUCUCUGAUCAAGCAGUCAAAGGUUUCUGCUGACGACCGCUGCAAAGUUCUCAUCAGCUCACUGCAGGACUGCUUGCAUGGAAUCGAGUCCAAAUCGUAUGGCUCUGUGGCAGGUGCCAUGGCAGAUUUAAAUCAGGGAUGCAAUGGAUUUUACCGACGGGAGCGGUCCAGGGAGCGAGACCACAGUCGCUCUCGUGAGAAGAGCCGCCGGCACAAAUCUCGCAGUCGAGACCGACACGAGGAUUACUACCGGGAGCGCAGCCGAGAGAGAGACCGCCAUCGUGAGCGAGACAGAGACCGCGAGAGAGACAGAGAACGCGAGAGGGAAUAUCGCCACCGUUAGUGGGAGAAGAAGCUGAACGCAAGAGGAGGAGGAGGGAGACGACGCCAGGAGCAACGAGGAUUCAUCACACACACACAAACACCGUCACGGAGAGCGCCGGACUCCGGACACACUAAAGAAAGUAGAGUUCUGUACAAUACUAUAUACUCACUCUCUUAAUUCCCUGCAUCUCUUUUUAUU